AUGGCGUUCCAAGGACAGAAGACGUUCAAGCUCAACACCGGUGCCCAAAUCCCAGCUCUCGGGCUGGGAACGUGGCAGGAUGCGGCUGCUCAAGAGGCUGCGGUCCUUGUAGCGCUCCAAGCGGGCUAUCGCCACAUCGAUACUGCUAGAUGCUAUGGUACCGAAAAGGCUGUUGGAAAGGCCAUCAAGCAGAGCGGCGUGCCGCGGAGCGAGAUCUUCGUUACCAGCAAGCUCUGGAACAACAAGCACCACCCUGACGAUGUCGGUCCGGCACUGCAGGAAACAUUGGAUGAUCUGGGUCUUGAUUAUCUUGAUCUUUUCUUGAUGCACUGGCCCGUUGCAUUUAAGCGUGGAGAUGAUAUGUUCCCCACCGACAAGGAUGGGAACAUGAUCACUGACAAAAUUGAUUAUGUUGAUACCUACAAAGCUAUGGAGAAGCUUCUCAAAGAUGGCAAAGUCAAGGCUAUCGGAAUCAGCAACUUUGCCAAGAAGGAAGUCGAGCGUGUGCUGAAAGAAGCAGACGCCGUCCCAGCAGUCCACCAGAUGGAGUGCCAUCCAUGGCUGCAGCAAAAGGAAUUCAUGGAGUUCCAUAAGGAUAAGGGUAUUCAUGUCACCCAAUACUCACCAUUUGGCAACCAGAACGAGAUUUAUGGAGGUCGUGAGAAGCACGGUCAGCUGGUGAACGAUAAGACGCUAGUUGAGAUAGGCCAAAAGUACAGCAAAACUUCAAACCAAGUUGCUUUGGCAUGGGGCAUCGCUCACGGCCGUUCUGUCAUCCCGAAGUCCAAGUCGCCGGAGCGAAUCACUCAAAACUUUGACAUCGCCUUUACGCUUGACAAGGCGGAUAUUGAUGAGAUUGAUAAGCUGGACAAGAAGCUCCGCUUCAACGAUUCUAGCAAAGACUUCGGAUAUGAGUUAUUCACUGACCUCGACGGCAAAUAA